CGCCUUGUUUCUUUGAGAAGAGCACAGAAGAAAAAGAGAGAUUUUGUUGGAUCCGGCACACUUUGAGCAAUGUCUGACCUUUCUGUUGACCUCCAGGGCCUGAGAAUGUUUGUUUCAUGCGUAGGACUUGUAGGUAACAUCUUCCUCAUCCUUUCCAUCUUCCAGACCAGAGUGUCCAACAUUAAAUCCUUUGAGCUUUUUCUGCUGGGACUCGCUUCAGUCAACCUAGAGGAAAUUGUCAUCUUAAACGUCUAUGAUGUUAUCAUACUUGACACUGUUUCCACCACUACUGGUGCCUGGUGGUGUCACUUGCUAAAGUUCAUGACUACCUUUGGUGAAAUAGCCAGCAUCCUCUUCACCGUCAUCAUCUGCAUCUUCCGCUACCAGAAGCUGAGAGACGUCGACCACAGGGGCAGCCUCCCGAUUUGCCUGGACAGCAUCGCAUCUGCGUGGAUGUUGAGUGGAGUUUGCGUGACGCUCUCCACCCUCCUCAGUCUCCCGAUGUUUGCCGUUACCUUUCAAGGAUCCGUGGAAAACGUGACGGAAAACAGAGGGGGCUGCCCUACCGAUUUCUUUCAGUGUGGUGAGAAUUACUGUCCUAUCUUCAACCGUGUGUACAAAUACCUCAUCAUGCUGCUGUGCCACCUGCUGCCCUUGAUCAUCGUCACGGUCACCAGCUGCUUGACCAUUGUGGUGCUCCUGGGCCGAACAAAUACAGUGACACUGGCCAAUGAUAUCAUAUCCCCCAAUCACCACCAUGGGAAGAGUCACAGUCUCUUUCGAAGCACGGUGGCCGUGGUGGCAGCCAUGGGAUUGUUUCAGGUAGACUGGACUCUCUACCUAAUCCUUCAGUGGACUUUUAGCCCAAGUGACUGUCCUAUUUGGACUGAAAUUGAGUUCUUUAUCUCAGCUUCCUACAUGUCUAUUAGUCCAUAUGUGUAUGGCAUAGGGGGGCACUUGUUUUCUCUUGAGAACUGCAAACAUUUGCUUAAGCGUUAAAUAUGGUUUGCUCUGCAGUGCUUAAUCGUUGCUGAGCUCUUCUUUUUUAUUAUUAUUAUGAAAUGGCAGUCAGCAAAUUAGUAUUUGCAGCAGCUCAGUAAAAGCUUUAACCUUCAACUUUGAACCAUUAAUCCAAUAAGUGGAUAAUGAGAUAGAUUUACAUUUACUGCCGAAUUAUGCCGCUGCUUAAGGAAAAUAUUUUCUCUGAUUUGCUAGAAAGAUUCCGGCCCCUAUGUAGUGUAUUAAAUUUAGUCUAAAGCAGCCUUUCCAAACAGCUCAGCAGGUGGAUGCGGUGCAGUUUACCUUAAAUGAACUGUGUCUGCCUCUCGCUGGAAGAUGCUAACUCAAACAGUGCCUGCUCUUUUAAUGCAGCGCUCAAUACGGUGCAGAGGCUUUCAGUGCUGUGAACAGAACAUUGUGACCUUAGCGUAAAUGGAGAGAAGCAAAUCCUUACAUACAAAGACCCAACAUCAAACAGCUGGAGACAGCUUGGAUGUUUCUGCGCAUUACUGAUUCUUCAGUGCAAAUAGCUAUAAUGUUUUCAUCUAACGGUUCCCUGAAAGCAUCAGAGAUUAGACUCAUUUUGGUGAAAUUUGCUCCACAUAAAUGUCCCAGCGGCCCAGUUAACCUGGUCGAAACUUUGCUAAUGCAAGUCACACCUAAACCCAGAUAUGAAGACAUUAUCAAUGUUUAUUCUGUACUGUUGUGUAAUCCACUGUAUAUUAAACAUGUACCAAUGAC